AGCCGCCGUUUCUUCGAUACAAACGAAGCUUUUCUUUCCUCUCCGCCACUUAUAAGGCGGCGAUUUCUUCGAAGAGAGCCGUGACAUCCAAAGUUCUCUUCGAAGCUACUUUUUAUAUAGUCUCUCCCUCGCCUCCUUUUCUUUGCGCUCUCUGCAAAUACUUCUGCAAUGGCUCAAGCAGUUUCCGCCGGGGCAAUUCACAGUUCCUUAGCGAGCCCUAGCUAUGGAUCUCUGCAAAGCCAAGUCGAGAAGAUCAAAUCUUCCGGUUUCGCUUCAAAGCUUCUCGCUCGGCAACCACGGAAGAGUCGCCAAGUGUUCGGGAUUCGUGCAUCGUUCGCCGCUCAGAGAUCUGCACAUGCCGAGCCCGAGGUCAUUCCUGUCUCGCCCGAGGAUAUGCCCAAGAUGGAAGAGCAAAUCCAGUACCUACAAGGGAUUCAGCAGCUUGGUGACAAUUCAGUGAGCAUGUGGUCUAAGCCUACAGUUAGGCGUAAGACCAAGAUUGUUUGCACAAUUGGUCCUUCCACCAACACUAGAGAAAUGAUAUGGAAGCUGGCUGAGGCUGGAAUGAAUGUUGCUCGUCUGAAUAUGUCUCAUGGAGAUCAUGCAUCUCACCAGAAAGUUAUUGAUUUGGUCAAAGAAUAUAAUGCUCAAUCCAAGGACAACGUUAUUGCAAUCAUGCUUGACACGAAGGGCCCUGAGGUUAGAAGUGGUGACUUGCCUCAACCAAUCACAUUAACAACUGGCCAAGAAUUCACUUUCACAAUUCGAAGAGGUGUUGGCACUGCAGACUGCGUUAGUGUUAACUAUGAUGAUUUUGUCAAUGAUGUGGAAGUGGGUGACAUGCUGCUUGUUGAUGGUGGUAUGAUGUCAUUAAUGGUAAAGUCCAAGACAUCAGAUUCAGUGAAGUGUGAAGUUGUUGAUGGAGGAGAGCUCAAAUCUAGAAGGCAUCUGAAUGUCCGAGGAAAAAGUGCAACACUGCCAUCUAUUACCGAAAAGGACUGGGACGACAUCAAGUUUGGAGUGGACAAUAAAGUUGACUUUUAUGCUGUUUCCUUUGUCAAGGAUGCUGCGGUGGUCCAUGAGUUGAAGAAUUAUCUGCAAAGCUGUGGUGCUGAUAUACAUGUUAUUGUGAAAAUUGAAAGUGCAGAUUCUAUUGCAAAUUUGCAUUCAAUUAUCACAGCAUCUGAUGGGGCAAUGGUUGCAAGAGGAGAUCUUGGUGCAGAGCUGCCAAUUGAGGAAGUUCCACUGUUGCAGGAAGAGAUAAUCAGGAUAUGCCGUAGCAUGGGGAAAGCUGUUAUUGUGGCAACAAAUAUGCUGGAAAGCAUGAUUGUCCAUCCAACACCAACCCGGGCAGAAGUGUCAGACAUUGCAAUUGCUGUCCGAGAGGGCGCUGAUGCAGUUAUGCUUUCUGGAGAAACUGCUCACGGGAAGUUCCCUUUGAAAGCUGUGAAAGUUAUGCACACUGUAGCAUUACGCACUGAGGCUACUGUGAUUGGUGGGGAAACACCUCCUAAUCUUGGCAAAGCCUUCAAGAACCAUAUGAGCGAGAUGUUUGCAUUCCAUGCAACAAUGAUGUCCAACACUCUUGGUAUCUCAACAGUGGUCUUCACUAGAACUGGCUUCAUGGGUAUUCUACUGAGUCAUUAUCGACCAUCUGGCACCAUCUUUGCCUUCACGAAUGAGAAGAGAAUACAACAAAGAUUGGCUUUGUACCAAGGAGUAUGUCCUAUAUACAUGCAGUUCUCUGAAGACGCUGAGGAAACCUUUGCAAAUGCAUUUGAUCUGUUGAAGAAGCAAGGGAUGGUGAAGGGUGGAGAGCAGGUAGCCCUUGUUCAGAGUGGGAGUCGACCAAUAUGGCGCUUCCAGUCCACUCACAACAUCCAGGUCAGGGAAGUUUAGAUAGGAGUGCGUAUGGAGAAGCUGAACAUCUCUCAAAUGUUGGAGCCCUAAUAUUAUUUUUCUCACUUCCCUAGUUGGAUUGUCAUUUUUGGAUUCAUAAAACUCUGCAAAGUUGUAUUACUAGAUACAACGGCUGUGCUUUUCUUUUU